AUGAGACGUGCACUCUUGGGUGCCCGUUUGUUCAGCACCAAACAACCAACCAUCAGGUUUCCUGAUGCGAAACGAAAGGCAUUAGAGGAUGUAUUAGGAGAAAGCAAAGAGAAGAGGGACAGCAUAACUGUUCAACAAAACAUCGAUGAGAUUCAGGAUCUUGCCGGUAUCCCGGAAGAGCACAAAUCUGAGAGAAGAGCCAUCAUAUUCCGACCCGCAAGAAAUGCGAUGCAAAGUGGAUGGAGCGGAACUCAAAUCUGGAAGAUUGAGUUGGACAACAAAGAACGUUGGGAGAACCCGCUCAUGGGAUGGUCUUCAACGUAAGAGUUGCACUUUAUAGUCAUGACUUGCAUGUUUAGUGCCGAUCCAUUGAGCAACAUCUCCAUGAAUCUUGACUUUGCUUGCAAGGAGGAUGCUAUCCGUUUUUGUGAGAAGAACCAAUGGCCUUUUGAGGUUGAAGAGCCAAAGGAACGGCAGAUCAAGCCCAAGAACUACGGAUCUAACUAUCACUGGAACAAGCGUACCAGAGUUGGCACUAAAUAG